CAAAACAAACACAGCCUACGUGUUACACAAGAGACAAAUUAGUAGAUUGGAAAGGGGACGGGUAGGUUGCUGCUUGACCUUCAACUUGUGGUCGGUCCUGCUCACAAUAACGCACAAUAAACACAUGCUUUUUGUUCACGUUGGAGCCAGAGACACAUUCAGAAAACACACACACACACACUUCAUAGGUAUGUGUAACAUCCUCCCUCCACUGCUGACAGCAGGCUCCACCCUCAGUAACAGAGGACAGGCUGGUUGACCUGGGAGGAGGAGAAAGCUAAGAAUGGGAGGUGGGUAGUGUGUGUGCGCGUGUGUGUGUGGUGUGUGUGUGUGUGUGUGGGGGGGGGGGGAGUAUGGAGCUGAAAAUCAGUUGUGCUGGUGGUGUUGGAGCCACGGCACACUGGACAGAGACACACGGAGGAGCGAGGGGAACUCUGAAUGGACCGCACUAUUAAACAGUUUGUGACUUACAGCCCAGGAAGGACGACACAAGGGGACCUGCACCGGACUCCGUCUUUGAAACACUGGCCAGGAGAAAAGUUGCCAGGCUUUUUUUUUUUUUUUUUCCCCCAGACGUGACAGAUUCAUUGAGGAUUCAGCUGAUGGGACGCUGAGGAGUCUUUGAGAAGCCUGAGGAACUGAAGGUGUUAACCUGAAUCGGGAAACAAAAACAGAGCAUUGAGAGAGAGAGAGAGAGAAAAAGGGACACACAUGAGACAACCUACAAUGCACUGACAGCGAGGAAUGGAAAGGAUCAGCGUGGAAACAGACUGGGAUGGGUUAGGUCGCUCCUCUCCGGCCGCUGCGGAAGUAAACAACUUCUCCUUGUUUGUGACUGAACUGAACUUGUUCAACGCUUCUCGCGGCGGAGGGCCCCUCUUCGGGAUCUUCCCCGAGAACGGCUCCAACACCACACCUCACGCCCUGCCGCAACCCAGGGCGAGGGACCAAGGCCUGGCCCGGGCCGAGAUCGCCGUUCUGGGGAUGGUGCUGGCUCUCACCACGCUGGGCAACAGCUUCGUGCUGUGGGUGCUUCUGAGGAGGAGGAAGCACAACGCGCCCAUGCACCUGUUCAUGGUCAACCUGUGUGUGGCCGACCUGGUGGUGGCGCUCUUUCAGGUUCUACCGCAGCUGAUAUGGGACAUAACAGAGAGGUUUCAGGGGCCGGACUUGCUGUGCCGGUCCGUCAAGUACUUGCAGAUUGUGGGAAUGUUUGCUUCCUCCUACAUGAUAGUUGCCAUGACGGUGGACCGGCACCAUGCCAUCUGCUGCCCGCUGCAGGCCUACCGCGUCGGGGCUAUGUCCCGCUGGAACACCCCCGUGAUGGUGGCGUGGGGCCUGGCUCUGGUCCUCAGCAUACCGCAGGUGUUCAUCUUCUCCCGCUCGGAGGUGGCUCCAGGGGAGUUUGAGUGCUGGGGUCACUUCACUGAGCCGUGGGGGCUGAAGGCCUACGUCACCUGGAUGACUGUGGCCGUGUUCCUGCUGCCCGCCCUCAUCAUCACCAUCUGCCAGAUAAGAAUAUUCCGCGAGAUUCACAACAACAUCUACUUGAAGUCUGAGAGGAUAAUGAUGGCUGAGCUGAAGAGGAGCGAAAACCUGUUUCGCAUCCAUGGCCUCAGGAAGGAGGACGAGCGGGCGAGGGAGCGGGAGCGGGAGCGGGGCAGACAGGCGCCCGGGAGGGGGGGAGCAGGACAGCUACUAAAAGACAAUAAUGUCCAUGACUGCGAAGUGGGAGAACAUUAUGACUAUGUGCCGUCUGUUAUUCAGUAUAGUAGCUGCUGCGGGGAACAUCAGACAGCGGCGACGUCACUGCCGCAGGAGCAAAUACCCAACGGCUCAGAUUUCCGGGAGUCCUGUGCCAACUCUCCCCGCUGCUCCCUGGACUAUGCCCCCCCUCCGCAUCCAGUCACUCCACCCCCCAGCAUCACUAAAGCCAUGUCCAAGACAGUGAGGAUGACCCUGGUCAUAGUGCUGGUCUACACCAUCUGCUGGUCGCCCUUCUUCAUCGUCCAGCUGUGGGCGGCCUGGGAUCCGGACCCUCCAGACCAAGGAGUGGCCUUCACCAUCCUGAUGCUACUGGCCAGCCUGAACUCGUGCACCAACCCGUGGAUCUACACAGCGUUUUCCAGCAGCGUCUCCAGAGAGCUCCAAAACCUGCUGCAGUGUCGGUCGCGGCUCGGCCGCCGGGGCUCCCUCCCCGACGACUCCACGGCCACGCACACCUCCACCACUAAGGACAACCUGUACUGAAAGAUGCCGAUGAGACAUAGACGUACACACCGAGACAUGCUUGAAAAAAAAAAAAAACCCAUGAAGGCUUGGCUGCACGACCACCACGCUGCAAGGACUAAUGCUGCUGCCGUCACCAUCUGCAGCACCGCAGCCUGAGAACAGUCUGACCUCUACCAGAUGUUUGCUUUGACAAAGGACAGCUGUACCCACAGCAGGACAUCCAUCUGUACUCACCUGUCUGCUCCGCCCCCUCCUCCUCCUCCUCCUCCACCCGCCGGAAGGAUGUCAUUGACGAUGUCAACACCACGCGCAGUCUAGCCUCUCGGUGUAUCUGCAAUGCAAAGCGACCUGGAAAGUAAAGAGUUUUUCACUUCAGUAGCUUUUGGCUUCGGAUCUUGUGGAGCGACUCAUGUGAGGAAAAGAAAAAGAAAACAGUGGCUGACUCUAACACAACGGAGAACACCAGGAAUGCAACGGACGGAUCGCUGCAUUAAUGUCCUCGCGGCAUGACUAAUGCACAAAGCAGCAGACAAAGCUGCGGAUCCAGAGGAACCCAAACAGCAACAUGAGAGAUUGCUACAACUAGAUAUAGGGACCUAAACUAAGGUGAGUUUUUUUUUAUGUCAAUAAAGGAUCAAAGACCGGAUGAACACUCAGUUCACUCCGAAGGGUUUAGUCAAAAGGUGGACACCUAUUCACUCCUGAGGAUGGUGCGUUGAAGUGAAGCUCUGCGAGAAACUGCAGAACUAAACUCACUAGAAAGUCUGAAACCGGAGCGGCAAAGAAACAAGCAGAAACGAACAAAGAAACUUUCCACGAGCGACUGGGAUGCAGCGAUCUGGCUCUGUUUUUGAGCAAACAUGCAAGACUUUCCGAUCAUGCAGACUCUGGAAAGUAUGAAACCCAAAACAAUACAUCGGAGAAGUUGCAUUCCAUGUGCAGUACAGACGUUGUAACGUAUAUUUAUUGAACACGUAAGGCACAACAGAUACUACCUUUUAUUUAAAAGCUGAAUGUAAAUCAUGGACUGUAACGGUGUGGGGGGGGGGAUGCCAAACCAAAGUUUUUAUCUACGCAGGUCUUAACAGUAACACGCUUACACAAACCUGAAACAACGGAAAGAAAUCACUGCAUUUAAGCUGAAAGGAGGGAAGAAAGUCCACAUUAGGAGUGAAAUUAGCUCAAGUCCAAACCAAGUGCCUGAGAUGUGGGUUUAUAGACGCGUUCAGAGAGGCCUCCCUGAGCGUUUUAAUCUUCAAAUGAUGUCAGCUGCGUUAUUCUUAGACAGAGCUACCAUCAGAGCAGGGAUCACAAGAUUUGUUAUAUCACACCAUGAGCCAUUCAUGAAUUUUGCCUUCUUAUUUAUUGUUUUCCAGAAAAAGGAUAUACACACACAUUAACACAGAUAUAUAUAUAUGUAUUUAAACCUCUUUUACUACAUGUCUAGUAUUAUUUUUACACUGUGUUUCUAUCUGUGUAACAUAUUAUGCCCCUCCACUGCAUGACGAGCUAAAUGUUUCAUAUAAAAGUGUAUUAAUAUAAGCUACUCCUCUUUUAGCAGAUACGGUUCUGGUCGGAAGCUUCAUCGGUGUGGUAGUCAGUCACAUCGAUUUUACAAAGUUUUUCUUUUUCUUUCUUAAAUUAGCAUUAAGGACACAAGUUUGAAUUUAUUGGGGAUUUUCUCUUGUCAGGACAAGGUCACAACUCACACAGAGGCUAAAACAUCAUACAGACCCCUCCACUGGUAUUUGAAUAAAUGUGCUUCAACAUCAACGGGGGUCCUGGCCGGGUAUUUGACCGAUUUUAUUUACAGAGCUUAUAGAGCUCGUUUAAAUUGGCAGGUUUUCUGGCUCAAACCUCGCUUUCAAACAUAGUCCAGAUAUUUUAGUGUCAGCCUGCCUUAUCUUUUCCAAAACCAGCUUUGUUGUGUGUUGAUCAUUCCCCCGUUGGAGAGCCCAGCUUCAUCCCAGUUUGAGCCAGAUAACGGUUGAUAUGAACUUGGAGCUAGUUCUCCUUCUUCAUUACUCCAUUAAGCUUGUAUAGAGCACCAGUACCAGUGGUAAGCAAAAAAAGUCCCUCAGCAUGAUGCUGCCACUCCUAUGCUUGACAGUUUAUGAUCUUAGGUUCAAACCCAUCAUCUUACUCCUUCAGACAGUCCUCAAAGGCUGGUGUCCUGCCUGUUCCAGAUGUUUCUCUGCUUCAACAUACCUGCAUCAAAUGAAUUAGUCGUUAGCAACCUCCUGCCCAACUUUGGGAGACAUCCAGAAGAGAAAUCAGCCGUUUCAAUAAUCUUUACUGGAGCAGGGUCCCGUUGAAAACACGCAUGAUCCUGGACAUGGAGUCCUCAGGGUGGACAGUCAAGUUCAGACUUUCCUGAAACCCUUCAAAUUGUUCAUUUCUGAGUCAGCGCCCUUUUAGUCUACAUUCUCUCUGCAGACAACGACACUUGUGUUCAACGUGUUCUAGUUUAAAAUCUACAUCGGCCCCCGAGGCUUUCUGCUUCGUUCCCGAACAUCCUAAUCGACUUCCUCUCACCGGAGGACGAGAGUUUGGGUAAGACGGUGAAAACUCUCAUCCUGCUGGGAUCCCAAACAGACAUCAGAACUGCUCCAGGAACAGAUAAAGCAGCCGAACACUAAGCUUUUAGAAUGGCCUUGACUUCAAACCCUUUCAAUAUUACUGGACUCUGCUUGAAAAAAAAACACAAUACACAUGAACUCUACAUUUUCUGAUGAGAACAGUAGUCAAAUACGCAGCUCACUAAGGGAUGCAUAUUAAAAUAUCGAUGGGGGAUUAUGUUACAUGUUAUAAGUAUUCUUCUACAUAUUCAAUAUAUAUCCCUUGUGUACAUUCAUGAAAAUUCACUAUUUAUUCAAAUACUGUGUGUUCGUAAACUGAUUUGAAAAAAGAAAUUCAUUCGAACGGUUGGUGCCUGUAAACUUCUGACCAGAACUGGGAAUCUGUGUGGAUAACAUGAGAUUUGAUCACGUUUGGUAAAAGUAUCCUUGUCAGUUGAGAUGUUUCAGAAAAUAAUGUUCGGGGCGGCUCAGUUCGGCUCCAUCUGGUGUUUUUUCAUCCGAGCAGCAGUGUUACGUGAGUCUUCAGGACAAUACCGGGAUGCUUUAAAGGUGUCUCAGGAGUCCUCGCCCUUGUUGAAGGAGCAGCCUCACCUUUUCCUCUGUGAGCCCAAAGUGUUUGGGCUUCCAGCACGCCACCGUGCAUUUGCUCCCCAGACGCACGGCCUCCCACUUUGAUUCCCCGCCAAACAAAAGGUUAUUGCAACAACGUCCCGUGUUUCACUUUGUUAUAUCAGGAAAUGGAUAAACUUCUCCUAAACCUUCGGAGGAUUCGCGUGUUUUUCCUCUCUCUCUGUCAGGAAGCACGGAGGUCAGAGGCAAGACAAGGCCCAGACUUCAGACUGAAUCCGCUUGAGCUGCCUGUUCUGCUUUUCCUUCAAGUCAUUAGAGCACAUUAGAUACAACUUAAUAAUGAAUGGGCUUUAAUAGAAGGACAAUUUACUGAUAUGACCCUCUCUGAACGUCAACUAAAAAUAGACCCAUCCUCGCGGUGAAUUUGCUUUUGACUCCCGAGAGCAGAGAGCUGCUACAACCGCAGACGUCAUCAUUCCUCUCUUUUCGUAAAACAAGAUGGAUGGUCCCUUUGGCUGGUCACAAUUUAUCUGUAAUCACGUGUGACAGCGUGGGCGUGUUCAUAGCGAGUGUCCCGACACCCCCUGGUUUUCGCACUGAGCCGCGGCCGACGUCUAAACUCAAGGUCACCUCAUCGUUUCGGUCGGGCAGCACGUUCUGCGAUGGGGUGUGAAAGAAAUAAAUGACCUGAGCUGGAUCGCCGCAAGGGCAGAAGGGGCGUCCUACCUCCUCAGAUCAGUCUGAGGUCAGGCUGAGGAAUGACUGGGGGGGGGGUCAACCUUGACCACUGUCUAUAUAAAUCAGACCAGGAGUGAUGCGUUUUACUCAGGACCCCUCCUGCCUCCCUGAUGUCUGCUGUAGCUGCUGCUGAGAUCAUUCCAAGACUGCGGGAGUCAUAUCUACAACAACAACUCCACGGUGUACAUUGGAAGGCGGGGGUACAGGACCAUAAAAUCCUAAACAUCUACAUGUUUAGACAAAGCAAACAAUUUUAUGUUUUACUGUUUUUUUUUACGCCCCUCGGGUUCUUAUUCCUUUCACACUUGCAAUGUAAUACCAUUACUGCAAUUUUUCUCCUUUAUAUAAAUAGAGAGAGGUUUA